AAAAAAAGCGAAAUAAUCCCGAGGUGAGGAGCCGAGGAGCGAGGCGGACCCGGGCGGGAUGUUGUGGCGUCUCCGAUGAUUUUUCCUUCGCUUCGUUCGCGGUGACUCGGAGCCGCCGUCAGCUCUUCGCCGUCGACAUUACCGCACUUCACAUAUCUUCCUGCUCCUUUAGAUCCAGCCAGCGCAAGGAUUUUUUUCCCUCUCUCCCCCCUACUACUCCUCCUUCGUAAUAAAGUCGCCAUUUUGCUUCACUGCCUGUAUAAACCGUCCCGUAUUUUAAUAUUUUUUAUUUCCCCCUGAAGGAGUCGCGGAGCUGUUUCCUGCUGAUUUCUGGCCAUUAGUGUUUUGGGGCGACACACGGAGGAGGGUGACGAAGAGGAGGAGGAAGGAGAAGGAGAAGAAGUACCUCGUGGGUUUUUUUUUUUUUGCGUGUUAAUGCGGGAGAGGAGCAGAGGGGGCGAGCCGACUGGAAACUGGGAAUAAGAGGGGGAAAACUCUCCGGGAUUUUCUGUUCAUGCGUGGACGACAUUUCUCUUUUUCCUUCUUCAUCCUCCACCUCGUCGAGUGGGCAGGAGCGGGAGGAGGUGGGGGGGGGGGGACAGGACGACGGUGACGGCUGUCCACUUCCUCUCGGUCCCCCCUCCACCACCGGCAGCCCCGGUGUGACCGCUCCUUGACGCACAGCAGGUGGGACUGAGAUGUAACACAACACCGGUGGAGCAGAGGACAGACAACCGCCCACUCAGGUGCCCGUCUCCUGACCCCCCCAACCUCCCGCCCUCACGUGGGGGGUGACCCGGGGCCACCGGGCCCCACAGAGCCGGGGGACUGUCUGACAGUUCAGGCAUGGAGAGCCCAAGUGGCCCCAGGCUUGGGAAGCUGUCCUCAUCAGGGCUGCCAAAGGGCCGGACUCCCAAGCAUGGACAUCCCCAGGAGCCUGUCAGAACUACGUCCAUCCCUGAAAACAACAACAGACACAGUCCAAUGUGUGAUGAGCCAGCAGAAGGAAAGAGGAAAGGUCGUCCCAAAGCAGAAGUGCAGGAACUCAGAAGCAUCCCUGCCCAUAUGAUAGUGCAAUGGAAGGAAGAGUUUAAGCGCCGCUCCAGGGUUAAGUGUCCGUGUUCAGGCUGCUGGUUAGAGUUUCCCAGCAUCUAUGGCGUCAAGUACCACUAUCAACGCUGCCAGGGGGCCACUGUAGCUGAGAAGCUGAGUCAUGGCUGCCCCUACUGUGAGGCAGUGUUCGCCUCAAAGGUCCGCCUGCAGAAGCACAAGCUGUGGAACCAUCCUGACAGGGUUACUAUGGAGCCCAAGGAUGAGCAGCAAAAACUUCAAAAGGCUCCUGUCAAGUCUAACACCAAGAAAAGGCCCAUGGAGAACAGCCCCCCCUCUCCUGUGUUCUUCAAAGUGAAAAAGACCCACGAGGUGUCCACGCCCUCUCAGAACGGGGAGCUGGCCCACCAGAGGAGUGAGAGGAAACAGCACAGUCACGGCCAGCCUUCACAGCAGAUUCACCAGUCUCAGCCAGUCUUUCCUCAGUCCCAGCAGUCACAGUCCCAGAGCACGUCAUCCGAUGCAGGGGGCAGUGAGAGUGAGGGGGGAAGUCUUCCCCCUUCUUACCUAGAUGAAGACCCAGAGCGAAUGAAGCACAGACGGAAGCAGAAAACUCCCAAGAAAUUCACUGGAGAGCAGCCUUCUAUAUCUGGAACAUUUGGAUUGAAAGGUAUGACUAAGGUAGAGGAAAAGCUAAAAGCAGGUCGUGCAAAGAGACCAGAGGGGACUGGGUUCAGUGAGGAGCCGCAGAGAAGACCCACUUCAAGUCAGUCCUCCAAGAAAGACCCGGCCACAACAAGCUCUGGUGCUGUUCCCGACACCCAGUGGCAACGAGCAAUCUCAGAGCGGGGUGAAGUGGUGUGUCCCACCUGCUCCAUCGUCACCAGGAAAACAAUCCACGGCCUCAAGAAACACAUGGAGAUUUGCCAGAAGCUCCAAGACGCCCUGAAGUGCCAGCAGUGCCACAAACAGUUCAGAUCCAAGGCCGGCCUCAACUACCACACCAUGGCUGAACACAGCACCAAGCCCUCAAGGAGCGAAGGCCAGACGGGCGACGAGCAUGAGGAGAGAGAAAGGCUGCGCCGAGUUCUCAAACAGAUGGGACGAAUCAAGUGUCCCAGUGAGGGCUGCUCAGCCCACUUUUCCAGUCUGAUGGGCUACCAGUACCACCAGAAGCGUUGUGGAGGAGAGUUGUCUGAUGAUGAGAAGCCUGUGUUUAUGUGCCAGCACUGUGGAAAAACCUACCGCUCCAAGGCUGGCAGAGACUACCAUGUGCGUACUGAACACCCCCCGACCAUCACCACCAUGACAGCCACCACUUACAACUACAAGGACAAUAUAACUGACACCAACAACAACACCGGCAAAGAAAGGCAGAGGGGCGUCCCACCGCUCCACCAGGUGGUCCCUGAGGAGGCUCCAUCAGGAGGCCAGAAGCAGCAGAACCAGUCUGAGAAGACGGACUGGCAAGAGAAGGCACCUCCCGUCUGCCACCCUAAGGAGAAGCAAAGGGAAGCCAGGCAGAAGGACAGGGAAAAAGAAAAGGGGAGGGAGCGAGACAAUGAAAGAGCAGUGGAGGACUUUGAAAGGACCCCCAGUGGCAGAGUGAGGCGCCGGUCGGCUCAGGUGGCAGUGUUCCACCUGCAGGAGAUAGCAGAGGAUGAGCUGGCCAAAGACUGGGGCACUAAGCGGCGCAUCAAGGACGACCUGGUACCUGACAGCAAGAGGUUAAACUACACGCGACCUGGCCUCCCCAAUUUCAGCCCAGAGCUACUAGAGACCUGGAAGAACCAAGUCAAGGAGAAGGGCUUCAUCUGCUGCAGCAAUGAAAACUGUGAAGCUGUGUAUUCCAGUGUGUCGGGACUUAAAGCUCACCUUGCCAACUGCAGCCAGGGUGGUGGAGAACUGGGGAAGUACAUGUGUCUGAUCUGUCAGAAGGAGUUUAGUUCAGAGAGCGGUGUGAAGUACCACAUCAGCAAGACACACUCACAGAACUGGUUUCGUGCAGCAGCCACUGAAGUGGUCUCCAGUAGCAAGAGCAAAGCACCGGAGGAUAACGGGAUCAAACCUGAGGUGAGGAACUGUGCCACCACUGGUAAGAAGAGGGGCCGCAAGCCCAAAGAGCGCCCCUCUGUGAUCGCGCCUCUUCAAACAAACACUGAAGCACCUGCCGCCACUCAAAAUUCAACCCUUGCCGUGACUCCUACCUUGGGCCCAACACAAUCUCCGACCUUGAUCCCCGACCCAACGGACAAUGCUAGUUCAGGCCAAAACAGACAGUCCGUCCCCUCGGCCACCCGGCGAAGCAAACCCAAGAGGCUGUCUUUAUCAGAGUAAUUCUGCUUUCGUCGCCCCAGGAGACAGAGAGGAAGCUCAAUGUAAAUGUUAUGUCAAGGACUUGGCACUGAGAAGAAGGUUAAAACAGCCAUUAAGAAGUAAAACACAAUCCCCAGAGUUUAAUGUGUCUAUUGUUGAAAACAAUACUCAUGUAACAGUAGUGUUUUAUUUCUCCAUUCCACUUUAUCUUUUUCAAGGCACACAUUUCAGUAUCUGUACUCACAGCAGGGGGUGACAGUCGUAAUGAAAGAUUAAAUCCUAGGUAGAUUUUCUAAACAGAGGUAGUAUUCCAAACAAAUGGAGAGCAAAUCUCUUUACAAGAUUCAUGUUAUGUUUGACAGGUUUUUAAAAAGAUAUUCUAUUAGCAUGGUGAAGCCUUU